AUGGCUUCUUUCAAGUAUCUGAUAUUCAUCGCCUUGGCCGUAUACUCCGUUGUCGCUGAAGAAGGAGUAAGAGCCAAGAAACACGCCUACGUCGCCGCUGCCCCAGCUCCGGUUUUGGCUUACUCUGCCGCAGCCCCAGGAUCGUUCUCGUAUGGAUACUCAGCAUACCCAGCAGCGUACCCAGCAGCAUACCCAGCAGCGUACCCAGCAGCGUACCCAGCAGCGUACCCAGCAGCGUACCCAGCAGCGUACCCAGUAACAGCUUAUGCCGCCCACGAAGACGACGGCCAAUACUAUCCCGGCAAAUACGAAAAGGCUCCCAUCCCAGCAGCAUACCCAGCAGCAACGGCUUAUGCCGCCCACGAAGACGACGGUCAAUACUAUCCAGGCAAAUACGAAAAGGCUCCCAUCCCAGCAGCAUACCCAGCAACGGCUUAUGCCGCCCACGAAGACGACGGUCAAUACUAUCCCGGAAAAUACGAAAAGGCCGCCAUCCCAGCACCAUACGUGAUCGGACACCCCGCGAGCCACCACGAAGACGACGGUCAAUACUAUCCCGGCAAAUACGAAAAGGCUUCCGUCCCAGCAGCGUACCCAGCAACGGCGUAUGCCGCCCAUGAAGACGACGGUCAAUACUAUCCCGGCAAAUACGAAAAGCCUGAAUCCCACUACUGA